AUGGAUCCUGGACCAUCUCGAAGAAGUCUCGGCGGCAAUGGAGGGGCACAAGGGGAGGGGGUCGGUGGCGGAAGAGAAAGGAAUCGGCAUGGCGGAAGAGGAGGGGGAGAAGAAGAAGGAGGUUGGGGCAAGCACACGGCGCAAGCCAUGCAAUCGCAAUCCAACUCCAUUCAUCGCACCACCAAUCUCCCCAAAUCGCUGCAGCAGUCCAUGCCUCUGCCGGAAGCUCGAGCGCCCAAGUCAUUGGGACGCAUCCAGGACAAGAAGUUGCGAGCUCAAUUAGGCAAAGCUCAUUUGGAUUCCAAGCGAGCCAAGGAACAAGCCAAGUUGGCCGACGAAUACAUCCAUGCGCCUCAGGCUGGUGAAGAGGCGGGCAUGAUAGAGGUGGAGAGCAGUAUGGAGAGGACUGCGCGUGUCACUCAGAGGGAAAUCAGGCAGAGCAUCGCUUUGGACGCAGCUACAAAGUCCUUCUCCCUCGAUCUCUCCGCCAACAAGGGCAACAGUCGGAAUGCGCCCAACGCCAGUCUGGGACCGUACCGCGCAGACUAUACGCGCAAUGGCAGACAUCUACUGCUAGGCGGUAGAAAGGGUCAUCUGGCAGCGUUCGAUUGGCAGACGGGUCAAUUGCUGUGCGAAGUGCAAGUCAAAGAGACUGUGAGGGAUGUGAAGUGGCUGCACAACAAGUCCUUCUUUGCAGCAGCGCAGAAAAAGUACGUCUACAUUUACGACUCUUCGGGAGCAGAGGUGCACAGGCUUAGGGACCACAUAGAAGUGACCAGGAUGGAAUUUCUGCCCUAUCAUUUCCUCCUCGCCACCGUGGGCAACGCUGGGUGGCUAAAGUAUCAGGAUACCAGCACAGGAGGUAUCGUUGCGCAACACCGGAGCGGACUAGGCGCUUGCCACACUAUGGCACAGAAUCCACUAUCCGCCUUGAUACACCUUGGUCACGCAAAUGGCACAGUGACCAUGUGGACGCCAAACUUGUCAAGCCCCGCCAUCAAGAUGUUGGCGCAUCGAGGACCUCUGAGCGCCAUUUCCAUAUCGACGCAAAAUCAGAGCAGAGAUAUGGCUACUUCUGGUCUGGACGGGUCUGUAAAGGUGUGGGACGUUAGGAUGCUCGGCCGAGGAGCUCUUCGUGAAUGGCAAAGUCGCAAACCUGCCAGCGAUUUAAAGUAUUCUCAAAGAGGCUUGCUGGGCGUAGCCUGGGGCAGUCACGUCUCCAUCUACGAUCCCAAAGCCCCUUUCAAAGCUGCAGUCACUCCUGGCCCGUACCUCACAAACGGUUUUCCCAGCGGUCCGCCCAUCAGCAUCAACUUUUGUCCAUUCGAGGAUGUCCUCGGCGUCGCUCAUUCGAAAGGCUUUGACUCGCUCGUCAUUCCGGGCGCUGGUGAACCGAGAUACGACUCGACGGAGAUUGAUCCCUAUGAAGGUAGAAAUAGCAGGCGGGAGCGCGAAGUGCACGCUCUGCUCGACAAGGUGAGUCAUGGGAGCCAAUUGUCACCGGCAAGGUAUAUCCUCGCAGCAUUUGCAGCUGCAGGCACUUGCUCACGCAUGUAAGAACCUCUUGGCGCUUCUACCUCGACGCAGAUUCAACCCGAGAUGAUCACGCUGGAUCCAGAGACGCUGGGUCAGAUUGAUCACUCGACGGCAGGCAGCGCAGCUCCCCGCGAGGAAUCGCCUCCUCCUUUGGGUGGCCGACAAUUGGCACGUUCUUCGGAUGGGAGGCCGUACGCCCGGCUUAGUCGUCUCGAAAGGCUACGUUUAGAUGGCCUAGCCGACGAAGGUCCGGAUGCCGUCAUUCGGCCCGUUGGGGAUGUGGACGAAGCGGUGUCCGGAGAUGGGGGCAUGAUCGCGGGGACCAGAAGCGUGGCGGUGCCAAGCGAACGAUUGGUGCGUGAUAGGGAAAAGAAAAAGGCGAGGGGCAAGAAUAGCAGCUUGAAGAGAUAUCUUAGGAAACAAAAGGUCAAUGUGAUCGAUCCCAAGGCACUUGCGGCUAGAGAGAGGUUGGAGAGGUCCAAGCAACAGCAGGCUACCAUCAAGGAACAAAAGAGAAGAGAAGAGUUGGGCCUGCCUCCCAUCGAGCAGGACCAUAGUGCUCUUGCACUCUUUAGCAAGAAGAAGAGAAGAGCUGGAUAG